CUCUUUGACGCCCCAGCAUGGCUGUUGUGCAGGGCAACAAGGCACUGACCGACUUUACCGUCCGCAGUGGAGAGCGCUUUGUCUCGCAAUACUACGAUGUGCUCAACUCGGCCAAGGCAGAGAUGCAUCACUUCUACGGGCCGGCAGCAGUGGUGGUGUGGAAUGGAUUCCCUGUCCCGGCCUCGAGCUUGCAGGCGUUCUUCUCGUCGUCGCUGCCAGUGGCAAAGUUCUCCACCACAUCGGUCGACUGUCAACCUGUUCCGGGCGUCCUGCCCGGCUCAGACGGCAACACCGCCAUGGCCAACAUCCUCGUUGCGGUCGCAGGGGAGAUUGACUACGGCAAGAACGUCAUCAAGACCUUCUCCCAGACCUUCCUUCUCGUACAGGACACGUCCAAGCCCAAGGCUGUCUUUAUUAUCGCCUCGGACACCUUCCGCGAGGUCGGCGCCACCACCGAGUAGCCUCUCUGUUUACCCGGACGCUCACAGCUGGGCGAUAAACUUGUCGAGCUCG